AUGACGAAAGUGGCGGUAGUCGGUGCCGGAAUAAGUGGACUGGUUUCAGCAUAUGUAUUGUCUAAAGCUGGUAUACAGGUGGUGCUGUUUGAGAAGGAAGAUUAUUUGGGAGGCCACGCCAAGACUGUUAAUGUUGAUGGCACCAAUCUUGAUCUUGGAUUCAUGGUCUUCAAUCGAGUAACAUAUCCAAAUAUGAUGGAAUUCUUUGAGAGUCUUGGAGUUGAUAUGGAGCUCUCUGAUAUGUCAUUCGCCGUGAGCUUAGACAAAGGUCGAGGAUGCGAAUGGGGCAGCCGGAAUGGUUUAUCCGGAUUGUUUGUACAAAAGAAGAACAUGUUGAAUUUAUACUUUUGGCAAAUGAUUAGAGAAAUCAUCAAGUUCAAGGAUGAUACCAUAAGUUACCUUGAAGAUCUUGACCGGAAUCCAGAUAUUGAUCGGAAUGAAACCCUGGGGCAGUUUAUCCGGUCACGAGGUUACUCCGAGUUAUUUCAGAAGGCUUAUCUUGUUCCCAUUUGUGCUUCAAUCUGGUCAUGCUCUUCAGAAGGAGUAUUGAGCUUUUCUGCUUAUUCCAUACUUUCGUUCUGUCGCAAUCACUACCUACUUCAGCUCUUUGGUCGCCCUCAAUGGCUUACCGUAAGAUGGCGUUCACAAAAUUAUGUCAAUACGGUUAGGAAAGAGCUGGAAAGUAGAGGCUGUCAAAUAAGAACUAAUUGUGAAGUAUGUUCUGUUUCAACAAAUGAUGAGGGAUGUGUUAUAAGUUGUACGGAUGGUUCGCAAGAAAGAUGUGAUGAAUGUAUAAUGGCUGCACAUGCUCCAGAUGCUCUGAAGCUGUUAGGCAAACAUGCAACACAUGAUGAAUUAAGAAUCCUCGGUGCAUUUCAAUAUGCUUAUAGUGAUAUUUUUCUUCAUCGUGACAAAAAUUUAAUGCCCCAAAACCCAGCAGCAUGGAGCGCAUGGAAUUUUCUUGGAACCAUUGAUAACAAAGUUUGUGUGACUUAUUGGCUCAAUAUCCUCCAGAACAUUAGUGAGACGGGACUGCCUUUUUUGGUUACUCUAAAUCCACCUCACACACCUGAACAUACCUUGCUUAAAUGGUCAACUGGCCACCCAAUCCCAUCAGUUGCUGCAUCAAAAGCUUCACAUGAGUUGAAUCUCAUCCAAGGGAAAAGGAGAAUAUGGUUCAGUGGAGCAUAUCAAGGAUAUGGCUUCCACGAGGAUGGACUAAAGGCAGGUAUUCUAGCAGCACAUUGCAUACUUAGGAAAAAUUGUACUAUUCAGAACAACCCAAAGCACAUGGUACCCUCCUGGCUAGAAACAGGGGCACGUCUUCUCGUUACUAGGUUUCUCCAGAGUUUUAUUUCUACUGGCUGCUUAAUUUUGCUUGAAGAAGGGGGUACGAUUUUCACCUUUGAAGGAACCAGAAAGAGUUUUUUGAAAGUCUCUCUGAGAAUUCAUAAUCCCCAGUUUUACUGGAAGAUUGCAACUGAAGCUGAUUUAGGCCUUGCUGAUGCCUAUAUUAAUGGGGAAUUUUCUUUCGUUGAUAAAAAUGAAGGUCUUAUCAAUCUUUUUAGGAUAUUUAUUGCCAACAGAGAUUUAAAUACUUCUGCCUCAAUGUCAAACAACAAAAGGGGAUGGUGGACACCAUUGCUCUUCACUGCUGGAAUAGCAUCUGCAAAAUACUUCUUUCACCAUGUUUCGAGACAAAACACCGUAACACAGGCUCGCCGGAACAUCUCCCGUCAUUAUGAUCUAAGUAAUGAACUCUUUUCUCUGUUUCUGGAUGAAACAAUGACAUACUCUUGUGCCAUAUUUAAGACUCAAAAUGAAGACUUGAAAGUCGCGCAGACGAGGAAAAUUUCUCUUUUGAUUGAAAAGGCGAGAGUUAGUAAGAACCAUCAUAUUCUAGAGAUUGGAUGUGGCUGGGGAAGUUUAGCAAUUGAAGUUGUCAAACGAACUGGAUGCAGAUAUACCGGGAUCACCCUGUCAGAGCAGCAACUUAAAUAUGCUGAACUAAAAGUGAAGGAAGCUGGCCUGCAGGACUGCAUAAGUUUCCAUCUAUGUGACUAUCGCCAAUUGCCUAACAUGGACAAGUAUGACAGAAUUAUAUCAUGUGAGAUGUUAGAAGCUGUAGGCCAUGAAUUUAUGGAGGACUUUUUUCGUUGCUGUGAAUCAGUAUUAGCAGAAGACGGUCUUCUCGUUCUACAGUUCAUAUCAAUACCGGAUGAGAGAUAUGAUGAGUACAGACGGAGCUCAGACUUUAUCAAGGAAUAUAUAUUUCCGGGUGGAUGCUUACCUUCGCUUAGUCGCGUAACAUCCGCCAUGGCUGCUGCAUCCAGACUUUGUGUCCAGCACCUCGAAGACAUUGGAAUUCAUUAUUAUCAAACACUCAGAUGUUGGAGGGAAAACUUUCUCAAGAAGCAAAGCCAAAUCCUUUCUUUAGGAUUCAAUGAGAAGUUCGUUCGAACAUGGGAAUAUUAUUUUGAUUACUCUGCUGCUGGAUUUAAAUCUUGCACGCUAGGAAAUUAUCAGAUUGUCUUCUCACGACCUGGCAAUAUUGCUGCAUUUGGUGAUCCAUACAACGGAGCAUCAGAAAGUUGCAAUUCUUAG